ACGGCCUACCAGAGAUACUGUUCAUAAUUUUCACUAUCCGAUCCGAUGGCAAAUCGCUUCUACAUCUACACCGAUAUUAGUUACUAUAUAUUGAUUUACACACAAAUUAAAUAUUGAUUUUAAACCAAUUCGCGAUUAGCUUUCAUUUGCUUUCCACAACUAUUUCGUAUAGUUUGGGAGAAAACAUAACUUUUAUAUUCAAUCCAUACAUACAUUAUAUUUCGAGUGGAAACUGGUUUUUGAGUGCCUUUUCUAAACAUCAGAGGUUUUGUCGUGAAUAUCAACACUUAUGGCUAACAAACAGGAGGUGACCCUCGGAGACGGCUGUCCCGUCGCUACCGGCGCUCAGUCGACGACACGGCCGACGGACGCCGAGUCGACCGCCAAAGCGGACGCCCGAGAGUUCUUGAGGUCGACGUCUUGUGAUAUGGGUCUGGGUUUCGGUCAUAAUCUCAACCUAACGGCCAGUUCAUCGCGUGUCAUACCCAAGGGUGGCAUGUUGUACGGGGAGUACCUACACGUGGACAGAUUGUUGUCAUGUCAGGAGCCGGUGACUCGGAGCACAAGCAAUGAGGUGCACGACGAGCACCUGUUCAUUAUCACACACCAGGCCUACGAACUGUGGUUUAAGCAGAUUCUGUGCGAAAUAGACUCCGUUCGCCAGAUAAUGAAUCGAGUGGUGAGCGACGUGGAUGAGACCAAUAUGCUGGUCAUCACCUCCCGUCUCAAUCGAGUUGUGCUUAUACUUAAGCUUUUGGUGGAUCAGGUGACGAUACUGGAGACCAUGACUCCACUGGAUUUCAUGGAGUUCCGUAACUUUCUGUCGCCGGCGUCGGGUUUCCAGAGCGUCCAGUUCCGGCUCAUUGAGAACAAACUGGGCGUCAAGAAUGAGUUGCGAACCAAUUACGGGAAACUCCAUUACCUAAAGAUAUUCGAAGACCCAAAAGUGAUCGAUUUGAUCAAACAGGCCGAAGAGGAGCCCUCCCUUUGCGAUCUGUUGCAGCAGUGGUUGGAAAGGACCCCCGGCUUAGAGAAACACGAGUUUGACUUCUGGGAGAAGUAUAAGACAGUUGUUCAGCAACUGUUAGAGCAGAUCAAAGUGGACGCCGACAACGAGCCCGAAGAGCAACAGAAGGCUGUUCUGAUGGAUGAGUGGAAGAGGAAAACGGAAUUAUUUGACUCUAUAUUUGAUGUGAACAAACAUAACGCACUGAUGGCCAGAGGGGACCGCAGGUUCACCCAUAAGGCACUUCAGGGCGCGCUUAUGGUCUCGCUAUACAAGGAUGAGCCCCGAUUCAACCAACCCUUCCACAUACUGAUGCUGCUCAUGGAUAUCGACUCCUUGAUCACUAAAUGGCGGUACAAUCACGUAGAGAUGGUGUUGCGAAUGAUCGGCGCCCACCAGUUCGGCACCGGUGGCUCAUCCGGGUAUCACUACCUGAGGUCGACGCUCAGCGAUCGCUACAAAGUAUUCGUGGAUUUAUUCAAUUUGUCCACAUUUUUGAUUCCUCGCCAUUAUAUCCCUCCACUCACGCCACACAUGAAGAGACGUCUUUGCGUUAUGGAAGACAUCGGCGAAGAUGUCAAUAAUUUGGACAUCAAUUGCUAACAUUCAACACGAUUUGAUCCAAACAACCCGUUAAUCCUUAAAUAAUUAAUCCCUUCUGAAGCGCAAACUCUUAUAUAGUUUUUUAAGAUAUUUGCUCAAAAUAUUUGUGACAUUUUAUACCUAUUUUA